AUGGGUUUUUCAGACACUUUGCCACGUUUACCUAUCACUGAAGAUACUAGAUUUCUAAACUUACACACACCAAAGACCUUUCAUGAAGUUUCACCUUUCGUCGUUCAAAGAGUGAUUUCUUCAUUUAUUGGUGAUGUCAAAUCUACUAAAAAACUUCCAUCUGGGGAUCUCCUUAUUGAGACCUCAUCAAAAACACAGAUUGCUACGAUACAGAAAUUAACAAAACUUGGUGACUUCCCUGUAGAGGUAACUCCUCACAGGACACUGAAUUUUUCUCGAGGAGUCAUCUCCGAUUUAGAUCUUUUAGACUGUUCGGAGAAUGAACUCAUUCAGGAAUUGUAUUCCCAAAAAGUUUGUGCAGCUCAUCGCAUAAAAAUUAAACGCAAUGGUUCAUUCAUUCCAACAAAACAUGUCAUUCUAACUUUCAGUAGUCCGGAACUUCCGAAAUUUAUACGUGCUGGCUAUAUACAAUCUAAAGUUAAACCAUAUGUACUGAAUCCUCUGCGUUGCUUUAAAUGUCAGAGAUUCGGACAUUCCCAGGGAACUUGCCGCGGCAGCCUUCGAUGCGCCAAAUGCUCAGCUGAUGAUCAUGAAACUUCAGUUUGUAGCUCACAGACCUUCAAAUGUUUAAACUGCUCUGGGCCCCAUCCUGCUUAUUCCCAUAGAACACCCAAACCUGGCCUUACUUAUAGUGCCGCCAUAACUUCAACAUUAAAAUGUACUAGUUCUCAGACCGACUUUACAGAUAUUAAUACGUUGAAAACUUGCUCCUGUAAACAUUCUGCUCUUGAAUCAGUAAAGAGCAAUAACUCACAAAAAACUGAAAACAAUCGAAACUCAGCAUUUACUUCUAAAAAAAUUUCUCAAUCAAAAGAUUCAAAAUUUUCUGUAACUCGUUUCCCCAAAAAGAAACGAAAGAAAACAAAAUCUCCUCCAAGUGCCAAAACAUCUGACACUGAAGUCCCUCCUAAACCUCCAGAUCCUUCUGAUAUACCAAAUACUUCAGAUUCUAUUUUAUCAAUUUGUCCAUCUACAUCUGAUAUAUCUGAUGUAGAAAUGGACCAACAUCUUCCUAAUAAAUCGCCCCCAGGUGGUCAUUUGUAG